GACUCCUUGGGAACAGUCCACCUCACGCUGAGGCCUCCAGGUUCUGGGAACAACUCAAGGUUCAUAGGUCAGUUCUCUCUGCCAUGAACCUCAGACCCAGGGCCACCUCCGUUCCUGUCUUACAGGUGUUGCUGCAGCUGUCACUGCUCCUGACUGUGAUGGUUUCUUCCACCAUUGGAGAAAGAAAGAGAAACUCAGAGGAACCUGAAGUUUCUAUCCCAGCUGCAAAUGUGGAAGGUGAGCACCAUGCUGAACUUGGCUGCAUGUGUACAACGACCACCUCUGGCAUUCAUCCCAGAAACAUCCAAAAUUUGAAGGUGUUCGGGGCAGGACCCCAUUGCUCCAAUGUCGAAGUGAUAGCCACGCUGAAGAAUGGGAAGGAAAUCUGCCUGGAUCCAAAUGCUCCCGUGAUCAAGAAGAUAGUCCAGAAGAUUUUAGAAGGUGAUGAGUCAGCUGCUUAAUCUGUUCACUUUCUGUCAAAUCUUUUUAUCUCCCAAGAGGCGUAGGGAUCUGUAGCCUUACCUUUCUGCAGUUUUUCUUUAUCCAGGAUACCUAUUCAUGCUGUAAUAAAUUUGGAUGUUUUCCAUUCUGUCUUAAGAAGUUGCAUUUUAUUCUGAGAAGGCUGGUUAAUAGAUGACAGAGAGAAGAUAAAAAUAAACAAGCCUAGUUUCAAAAUAUAACAUAUAGUUUACUCCCUAACUC